AUGGCCAAAAGACGCAAGCUCUUGCCUGGAACGCCUGCGGAUUCUUUCGGGCGAGCGGACUGCAAGGGGGGCCAUCUAUAUGACAAUCUUCGAGCCGCAGAAGUUUUCCGGCGAGAAACCCUCGAAUACGUGCGACAAUGCCUUCGUCUGUCCGAUGAUGAGGCCUUCAAUGAAAUCCCGACGAAUCAUAUCAUCACCUUUCUCAAGAUGAUUGGCGAUGCAGUAUGCGAGGCUUAUGACCACGAUCACCGAGCAAUUCUUUUCGAUGAAAUCAAGUUCUUCGUAGAGACUUCUGAAACAGAACAACAGCGUCGACUUAGCCCCGAGCUCCCGUCUACCGCGAAGGCACAGCAAAUUAUCGAGAGCAUUGUCCCCUUGCUCUUCAGAGAAACGGAGAGUCUUAACGUUGCAGUCUCCGUGGUUAUCGAAACGAUCGGAAAAGCUAUCACUGAAUUCAACCAUGCUGCUGCGUGCCUGAUGGCUAAGUUCGCCGAUGAUGAGACGUUAGCGUCCAACAUCAAGGCCUUCAUUGAUGGGUGUAAAUACAUCUGCACUGGCAACCUGACUUGGAGUUUUCAGACAGGCCGGUAUGGCGUUUCGCAGCAUUCCAUUUCCGAGGGGCUGGCUAUGCGCUUGUAA